AUGUUGAUGGACAAUCCAAUCAAUAUGAUCCUGGCAACAGGAUGUUUGAUCCUAUAUCUUGUUGGAGUGUUGCUAGGAGUCGCGAACGGGAAGUGGGUUGAGGGACAAAUCAACACGAAGGAGAACUGGGCGUUUCUGGCGCGUUUCUGUUUCCUGUCGCUAGACGGUCAGUUCGAGUACCUGAUCGAGUUCGAGCGCGACGCCGGCACUCCCAACCUGCUGCUGUACUAUGAUGACGACAGCCAGUGGCCUGCCGUGUAUCACAGUAGCAAGACUUGCCGCGAGCGCGAGGCGGUGCUUAACCGGGCUGGUCAGAACCAGGUGGUGCGGCUGUCGCACUGGUACCCCGACACCGAGUACUCCGGCUGCGUACUCACCAGGGCCAACAAGGAGCUGCCAGCCUCUAAAAGCAGUACAACUCGAACGCCUACUUUCACGACCACUUCCACACCAACAACUACAACAAAACCGAUCAAAGCCAAAAACACGACCAAGUCCGAUUUACCGUCCGACCAGUCGUACUACGACCAAUUCCUGAAAACUACGACUCCGAGACCUAAAACGCCCAACACAAACUCCACCGUCUGGUUUGAGCUGCUACCAACCGAUAGCUUGAAUGUAACCGACGAGCCUGAAGACGAAUUCUGGGAGAACAUCGCCCCCAACAACGGUAGCAAGUUGGAAAAUAUUAAAGAUGUUGAACUAAUGUUCGAUAGCGCCAAUAACAGUAAGCGUAAGAUCAAACGCUCUACGUCAGAGCUGUACGAGCGGUUCCGUCGGCGGCGGUUAAACGCGGACGGGGGCGGGGCCGGUGCGGGCGAGCGUACGGAGCGGUACGUGGUGACUUGCCGCAACUCGCGCCGCUUCCGCUCCGCCAGGGAGCGCUGGUGGUUUAUAGCUGUCAGCAACUGUGACAGCCCUAAGGGUCUAGAAAUUAAGUAUAAAUUUCUAAUGACCAACGGCCCCAGAGGUGACUUUUGGCAUGAACACUUUUCUGCUGAUGAGUUCUACGUACUUCCCAUUCUGAUAGCGUACACAUUUGCGUACGUGAUAGUGAUGGUAGCGGUAGUGAUGUGCAGCGUGGAACUCAAGUCUCGCCAUUUAUUACACUCCACGUACAAGCUGUUCCUGAUAUCGAUAGUGACACAACACUGCGGCGUAAUGCUGCAGAGUCUGGCUUGGAUACGAUACGCGACGUACGGUAUCGAACAUAUUCCUGCUAAAGUCACAGGUCAAUUCUUCUGUGGCAUAUCGGAGACGACAUUCAUUUUGCUGCUGCUUCUGAUGGCUAAAGGUUACACCAUCACUCGCGGUCGGUUGAAGGUGUCUUUUACCGUGAAACUGACCAUCUUCAUGUGCUGCUACAUCCUCACAUACGUCAUCCUUUUCAUAUAUCAGGCUAAGGGGUUCGACCCCGGCGAGGUGUUGUACCUGUACGAGAGCCUGGCGGGCUACGGCCUCAUCGUGCUGCGAGUCGGCGCGUGGUGCGCCUUCGCAUACGCCACCUUCUUCACCGUUAAGAAGUUCCCGCAGAAGAACACGUUUUACUGCCCAUUUUUCAUCUGCGGGACGAUGUGGUUCUACGCUGGUCCGCUUUUCAUUCUGAUAGCCAACUCUUAUGUUGACAAGUGGGUGAGAGAGAGCGUGGUGACCGCCGUCCUACUGCUUAUAACGUUUUGUGGUCACAUCAUGUUUUUGCUGCUCACCCUGCCGGUGUUUGCCAACAAGAACUUCCCUUACCACGUGAGAACGACUCAGAUAGGUGUAAUGGAGGUCAUAGGUGGUUCUAACAUCGAUACGUUUGGCCCCAACGCGUACCAUCCGGGCGGCGGCGCUGCGCAAACUGUUAUCAUACCCCUCACACGACGCACAGAAGAGCUGAUCGGCAACAUUUACAGUCAGUACAUGGCUACCGCUCCGCCCCUAUCAAUAGGCCACGGAACGCCGAAACUGAACGGCGUUCCCAAAAGAAUCGACUCCAUAACCGGGAACGGAGUCGUCAAACAGGACAGCACAGACACAAACACAUCGGACGACAUCAAUCCCAGCAUCACAGAUAAGAAGGAAAUAUUUACUGUGGAGAAUCAAAUAAAGAGUAUCCAAAACGGAGAUGUCAAAAACGGACCUGUCAAAAAUGGACUGAUGUUGCCAGAUGAAAAAACGACCAACGGCUUCGAGAACGUCAACGACCUGCCGAACGUAAUGAGGUCGAGACGAAACAUUUUGGAGCCGAUAAGUGUGCCCUCGUGGUCGCUGGCGAAGGGCCCGUGUGUCGUCGCCAUGCAGAAGAAAACUAGCGAAGAAGGUAAAGACACCUCCGAGGCGUCCAUUACGAAAAGGCCGUCGCUCACUCGGCGACCAUCUGUUAACUCAACAGACAUGGGGACCAUACACGAAGGCCACGAGAAAACGUACAAAUCUCCAGUCGACAUCUUCACUGUGACUACACGUUAA